UAUAAAUGAUAUCAAAUGCUCUGUUAUGUUCUGUAUGUACUAUGUUGUGUUCUGCAAAUACUCUGUUUUAUUCUAUUUUCUUCCACACAACCUCCAAUGUCUCCUCCACCAUGUUGAAGGCCACCAUCCUUUUCACUUCCCUUCCUUUCCUCACCCUCUCCACUCGCUUCUUCUCUCGUACUCGCAAACCCCUCCCCAACCCUUCCACCUUCGACGACGCCGUUUCCUUCUUCCACCGCAUGCUCCAUCUCCAUCCCACACCCCGAAUCGUCUCUUUCAACAGGAUUCUCUCAUCAGUCAUGAAGACCAAACGCUACUCCACCGUCGUUUUCCUCUGUUCCCAGUUAGACUCAAAGGGCAUCCCCAAACCCUCCCUCGUCACUCUCAGCAUCUUCAUAAACUCCCUUUCACACUUGGGCCAAAUGGGCCUCGCGUUCUCUGUCAUGGGGAAAAUCAUCAAAAGGGGUUUUGAAGUCGACCCAUUAACGCUCACUACCCUUAUGAAGGGGUUGUGCCUCAAAGGUAGGACCUUUGAGGCACUGGACUUGCAUGACCAUGCUGUGUCCAAAGGGUUCUCCUUUGAUGAAGUUUGUUAUGGCACUUUGAUCAAUGGGUUGUGCAAAGUGGGCAAAACAAAGGGUGCCAUUGAGUUGCUGAGGAAAAUGGAGAGGGUUGGAAUUAAGCCUAAUUUGAUAAUGUAUAAUAUGGUUGUUGAUGGUUUGUGCAAAGAGGGACUUGUUACUGAAGCUUGUGGGUUGUGUUCUGAGAUGGUUGGCAAAGGAAUUUGUCUUGAUAUUUUCACUUACAAUUCUCUUAUUCAUGGUAUGUGUGGGGCUGGUCGGUUUCAGGGGGCGGCUAGGUUGUUGAAUGAGAUGGUAAUGCAAGAGAACAGAGACAUUUGGCCGGAUGUUUAUACCUUUAAUAUAUUGGUUGAUGGGUUGUGUAAGUUGGGGAUGGUCACGGAGGCGAGGAAUGUGUUUGGUGUGAUGAUUAAGAGAGGGUUGGAACCUGAUGUUGUUAGUUACAAUGCUUUGACGAAUGGUUUUUGUUUGAAGGGUUGUGUGAAUAAGGCCAAAGAGGUGUUUGAUAGAAUGGUUGAAAGAGGUACAUCACCGAAUGUUGUUAGCUAUUGUACCUUGAUUAAUGGGUAUUGUAAGGUUAAGAUGGUCGAUGAGGCCAUGAGGCUGUUAAUAGAGAUGCAUAAGAGGAAUUUGGUUCCAGAUACAGCGACAUAUAAUUGCCUUUUUGAUGGUUUGUCGAAAUCUGGGAGAGCCUUGUUUGAGUGGGAUCCGGUAGAGGUGAUGCGUGUGAGUGGUCAAGCACCGGAUUUGAUCACUUACAAUGUGUUGUUAGAUGAUUAUCUCAAACGCCACUGUCUUGAUAAGGCGAAGGCGCUUCAGCACAUUGUUGAUAUGGGAAUUUCUCCAAAUAUUCGUACGUAUAACAUACUUAUAGAUGGUCUUUGCAAACGUGGAAGAUUAGACGCAGCUAAAGAGAUUUUUCAACUUUCUUCUGUGAAAGGCUGUGGUCCAAAUAUCCGGACUUAUAAUAUUAUGAUCAAUGGGCUCUGUAGAGAGGGAUUGUUUGAUGAAGCAGAGGCCUUACUUUUGGAAAUGAUAGAUAAUGGUUGCCCUCCUAAUGCUGUAACUUUUGAUCCCUUAGUUCGUGCUCUACUAGCAAAAUAAUUGGAAUUGUUAGGACCAUCAAGAUUUUUUAUGAUACAAACAGCUGCUGGGAGCUUUGUCUCUAGAAAAAGGAUAUGACAAGGUGACAUUGUUUUUUAUAUGGGGCCUUACCUGCUUCAAGAUUACUCCGGAUUCUGUAACGAGAAUGGAUGCAAAUUUGCAUGAUCUGUUUAUAUAUGAAGCAUUUUUGUAUUAAUAUCUUCUCCUUCUAGUGACUAUGAUGGUUUGGCUUUGGGGUGUAAAUAUGUGGUUAUUUCUACGAUCCACUGUCAGCUAUGCCAAGGUCUUUGAUCUUGAUCAAAACCACCUUACAUACAAAGAGACAUGGAAGAUAGUCAGGUUCUUUGCUCAGCCUUCAUUUUAGAGAAAGCAUUAUUCAAUGCAAAGUGGAAAGUCAGUCAUUAUUUUUAAAAUCAAUAUUUCAACCAUAAGUUUGUCUUUAUCUGGUUCUUUUAAACUUACUGGUAAUCAAAGUAAUAAGUGCUUAUACACUUAAAAGCCAAGUUAGCCUUUGUAUGGGUUGUCAAUAGUAAAAUAUAGAACAGUAUUUGUAGCGGGACAGUAGAAGGACUCAAAGUUAGAGAGGGGAGAGAAAGAGGAUGUUGUUAGAAACACACUUUGCUCUAGGCGUACAAUUGCAUUCAUACUAAUUUGCAAGUUAAUAUCUCCAUUCCAAAUCAAUAAUAUUCCCCCAGCAAUCCAGCAUUUGUUAGCAUGUCAGAUAGAAUAAACAGUCAACUAUGUCUAAC